CCGACCCACUUCAACGUCGCUUCACGUCACAGGGCAUCUUUUUAGACACGGAUUUGACUUUGUGCGAUAUGAGCAAAGUCUAAAAGAAAUAUUGUAUGGAGAUUUUAUGAGACACAAUCCCCUGAUUUAUUCAUCAAACAGACUGGUGCACAGAGGAGUGGCUGAACAGACUGAAGCCGAGUAACUACUCCUACGAGCAGGAGCACGAGGACACGUUUGAUGCUAACUUUGCUCAAGAGAUGGGGAUCGGUGCGGACACCAUGGCUGACCUCAAGUCUGUCUGCAGUCUUGACUCGCUUCGCUGCCAUCCUGUGGAUCAGCCGCCGGAUACAGACUUUGUUCCUCCAGACCCGACGCUGAGAACACUGAUACAAAGAAAAAAGAAACAGGAUCACAGAGCUUCUCUCAAAAUCUGCAAGAAUAGACACGACCUCUACGCGGAUGAACUGGAGCGUUUAACUGUCGGGAGGAAACCAGAGGAAGAGGCUGACAUGGUCCCCGAAGGAGAAGUCGUUCUAACCAUCAACGUCUACUACCCGGCUACUUUUGAGAAAUUUACCUACGUCAGACCCCACGUAACUCUGCUGAUGACGGGCUCCCACAGCUUGGCAGAGCUCAGGGACGCUAUCUGUUGCGUCAGCGACUUGCAAGUGUGCGGAGAGUUCAGCAACACGCCGGACAUGGCUCCAGACUUCAUCAGCAAAGAUCAUUACAAGUCAGCGUUCUUUUACUUCGAAGGAGUUUUCUAUAACGACAUGCGAUACCCUGAGUGUCAGGACAUCAGCAUCACCACCAUUGAAUGGGCAAAGACCCGCAACUUCCCGGCCUACAGCCAGGCCAAGAUGGAGGACACGCGAUUCGUGGAUCUGAAACUAAAAGUGGGCUUCCCGUACCUCUACUGUCACCAGGGAGACUGCGAACACCUCGUCAUCAUCACGGACAUCAGACUGACCCACGAGAACGACUGCCUGGACAAGAAGCUGUAUCCACUGCUCACGCACAAGCACAGGGUCACCACCCAGAAGUGCGCCGUCUGCCACGUCUACAUCGGAAGGUGGUUCACUACCGACGACCAGUUUGCUCCGAGCGACCCGUGCCUCUUCUGCGACAAGUGUUUCCGGAUGCUGCACUACGACGCUGAGGGCAACAAGCUGGGAGAGUUCCUGGCCUAUCCAUACGUGGACCGUGGUGCAUUUAACUAAUCUUUCUCCUCUGGUCAGCUGCCUCAGAUCAGAGAUUUAACGCUGUAUAAUACAGUUAAAUGUUUUAUAUCUCAGAGAGAAAUGUUUACGUUUGGGAAUUGUAUAUUUCGUUUAAAAAACCAAACUGUUUGUGUGUUUUUUUAUUAAACAGUAACAUUUAUUGGAACUAUA